AUGAAACUCAUUUAUAUUAAAUCUACUAUUACUCCCAAAGAUUAUAACAGUUUGGAGCAAUAUUUAAGUAAAGAAAAUAUUAAUUAUGAAGUUUAUCGGUCAGUAAAAACUAACCAAAAAGAAAAGUUAAAAGAGCAGUUAAUUGCUGGUUAUAAGGCUUCGGCUCAAAGUAAAAAAUUAGCCAGAGAAGACGAAAUUUGA